UUGAUUGUCUGUGUAGGAAUAGACUUUGGCAUCAUCCCAUGGGGGUUGUAGUUGCAUCACUCUUUAAAGGAUUCAUUUUGGGUCUCGGCACUUAUUAACCUGCUGCAGUUGCAUGGUAGCCGAAGUCUCCCCACACAGCUCUACAGGUUUUAGGGGUCACAUACGGCCUCUUCUGAAGACCACUAUACUUCUGAAGACUUCCACUUCUAAAGACCAGUGCAUCCAGGCUUCAAUUCUGAAGACCAGGGCUACAAGAUUCCAUUCUGAACACCAGUGCUACCAGAUUCCGUUCUGAAUACCAGUGCUUCCAUUCGGAAGACCAGUGCUACCAGAUUCAAUUCUGAACACCAGUGCUUCCAUUUGGAACACCAGUGCUACCAGACUUCCGUUGUUACUUUUGGUCCAUGCCAGGUCUUAGAGCCUUUAAAAAGAACAGAAAAUCAGACCUUUCCCUCAGUGCGGCACGGGUGCAGGAGCAGGUAUGGAGCUGAGCAAACGCCACUCUGGGAGCCAGAGACCCGGUCAACCGGCCGUACAGCAGAGAGGCACCUGGAGCCGGCGGCUUGAAUUUGUCCUGGCCUCCAUCGGCUAUGCAGUGGGUCUGUCAAAUGUAUGGAGGUUUCCCUACCUGUGUUAUAGAAAUGGAGGAGGUGCGUUCUUUAUUCCCUACUUCACCAUGGUGUUCCUCUGUGCCCUGCCCAUGGUGUUUCUGGAGUUUUCCAUUGGCCAGUUCACACAGUGUGGACCUGUGCAGGCUUUCACGAAAAUAUGCCCAUUGCUCAAAGGGAUCGGGGUGGGUACGGUCGUGGUGUCCUUCAUUUUCAUCGGUUACUUCAACACCCUGAUGAGUUGGAUCCUCUUCUACCUCUUCAACUCGUUCAGCUCCCCGUUGCCUUGGCAGUCGUGCAAUAACACCUGGAACGUUCCGGAAUCCUGCUCAGUUGGGUUCACUGUCAACGACUCUCUGAGGCAGUCGGCCAGCCAGCAAUUCUUUAACCACAGACUCCUGCAGGUCACUGAAGGGCUAGAGCAUAUGGGCAGCAUACGCUGGGAACUACUCGGCUGUCUCAUUCUCGCAUGGAUGAUUGAAUACUUCAGUAUCUUCAAAGGGGUCAAGCUAACUGGCAAGGUGGUGUACUUCACGGCGCUGUUCCCCUACACCAUCCUCAUCAUCCUGCUGGUGUUCACCUGCAGACUGCCAGGGGCAGCAGAUGGCGCCCUGUUCUUCCUCACGCCUAAGUGGCACAAACUCAAAGAGGUCCAGGUUUGGAUUGACGCUCUGUCUCAAAUCUUCUUCUCCAUCGGCGUGGGCUUCGGAGUCAUGAUCUCCAUGGCUAGCUACAACAACUACAACUACAACAUUCUCAGAGAUUCUCUCAUCGUGGCCUUGGCCAACUCGGCCACAAGUGUCUUCUCUGGAUUUGUCGUCUUUUCAGCCCUUGGCUACAUGGCUCACGAGCGGAAUCUUACUAUUGAAGAUCUCGCUGUCGGAGGGCCUGGCCUUGCGUUUGUGGUGUAUCCUGAGAUCUUGGCCACCAUGCCUGUUCCCCAGCUGUGGGCCUUCCUCUUCUUCCUGAUGCUGCUCUGUCUGGGACUGGACAGUCAGUUUGCGCACCUGGAGCUGGUGGCCACAUGUGUGGUGGACGGCCUCAGCCCAAAGCUGCCCACGUGUCUGAGGCGGAAGGAGGUGCUCCUCCUGCUGGUCAGCAUGGGAAGCUUCCUAAUGGGCCUGCCCUGCGUCUUCCAGGGUGGUAUCUACAUGUUCCAGCUGAUGGAACACUACACAACUGCAGUGUCUGUGCUCGUCAUGGCCGUGCUGGAGAUUGCUGCCAUCAGCUGGAUAUUAGGUCUAAACAGAUUUUCCGCAAUGCUCACAAAAACACUGGGGAAAUCACCAAAUAUCUACUUCAAGGUUUGCUGGUUGGUUAUCACCCCGGUGAUGGUCAUGGCUAUAUUAGUCACAAGUAUAGUGCAGCACACCCCUCCUCGCUAUGGGAAGUGGUACCAGUUCCCUGAUUGGUCCAAAGCAGUGGGCUGGAUGUUGACUAUGGCUUCCAUCAUCUGCAUCCCCCUCGGAGCACUGCAUGAACUCUACACCAGGAAGGGCUCUCUCAUGGAGAGGUUGAGGUCCUCAGUAACCCCCAGUCUGGAGCUGGAUGUUCCCCCAGCAUCCCAUCAGGAACAGGAGAUCUGCCUGUCCAGCAGAUCUGAAGAAGCCUGAUUGACUUUAUCUUUUAUUGACUUAUGUUGACUUUUUUUUUUUACUUUAUCAGCUUUUUUAGAAAUUAUUUACAAAAUAAUUCAUCUUAGACAAUCUUUUUCACACUUAGAAAGAUUUCUAAGAUUAUUUUCAUUAUGGGACCCAACUAACAAUGAAUACAGACAGUAGGCCUAGCCUAAGCAUGCUGAGGUAUUAUGAGGGGGCAGGAUUUUUUAGAGAAAAUCUGAUGAAAUCUGAUGGAUGUUCAAGUGGCCUACAGACUGUCCAACACUGUCAAGUGAGAACAACCUAUAGUAUCUACUGCAUCAUUUUUUACAUGCAAGUUUGCCUUGAGUGAACCAGCUGUCACUCAAAACAAAUAACAUUACUGAACAGUUUUGUGGUAAUCUGGAAGGAAACAAAAUGUGAGCAUAGUUUUGCUCAUACUGCAGCUUAAUUAUUUGGUGUGGGUUGUUGUUGUGUCCAGAUUUGUUUACAUUAGUAUUGUUUGAUGUUUUACUGCAAAUCUUUUACUUUGUUGUUGCUGAGUGUUUUAGUUACAAAUCAGAGUGCAGUUGUGUCAGCAUCAGUCGGAACAAAUAAACAGGAGACUCUUGCCCAUGGAUCUGGACGGACUGGCACGAUGUAGCCUAUUAAAUGACUAAAUAACAAAAGUUAUGUGUCUGU